UGGAACAGGCGAGUAUCGGGAGAAAAAUUCUUGCAACUUGUUGCUCCGUUAACAUUGAAAAUCUACCAUAAAUGCCUCCCAAUAUUGUUUUGUUUGUGGCUGCUCUGACGGUGUUUCUACCGCUCGCCAAUCUCUAUCCAACUUCAGGUGCAGAUGUCUUGCAGUAUCGCAGCGUUGACCCGGCCAUCCCACACGAUGCUCAACCUGUGGACACAUCGACCGCCCCGAACCUUGUCACCCGCGACCUGACAAGCCUAUUGGACCUUUCACGCGCCCUAGUACCGACCCAAUCUUUCCAGCUGGACCACCUGGGAGCCCCCGGGGACCAGACCUACUACCGCAUCCUCAUCACGUUCCUGGACCUCUUGAGCACUUGCACCAAGCUCACCCGGGACAAGCUUAUCCAGUGGCGCCUCGCCGAGUCCAAAGACCGCAACGAACAGGAGUUCUUGAAAAGGCUCCAGAGUGAGUCGCCGGGGCGCGUCGUGUUUCCCGAUACGUCGAUUGUGAAUCCUAACUCUGGGCAUGGCACACUCUGGACCACGGGAAGGAAGCUACCGUUCUUCUUGCCGACGGUCAACGCCAACACUGUCGACAUCCGUAGAUAAUCAACUGGAUAGUUUAAUCAGAAUCAGCCUAAUGCCAAGUCGCAUCAAGAUCAAACCGAGAAAAUGGGGGUUACAGGUUUAUUUUUGAACUUUUAAUCGACUUCUUUUCUGGUACUCGGUAAUUUUAUCGUUUACGAUUGAGAACAGUUUUAACAAUAUUGUAGAUCUCCGAUGAUCAAUAAUUACCGCACUUCCGAACUUUCUUUUUUUCAAUGUCUUAACGUAGGAUUGGUAGUAUUUCCUUAGAAAUUUUUACUGGCAUGCUCUUUGACUAAGUCUUCCUGAAAUCAUUUACACACGGGGUACAUAAAAAAAAUCAACUUUGUUUAUCUCGAAAAAAACAUACCUGCUAUUUUUUUCCUUUGUGCCAUUCGACUUUCGCUGAUAAGUUCAUGAACUGGAUUGAUUGUUUUAAAAAAUCCAUGUAAAGUAGUAAUGCUCAUACAAUACUUCUGCAUACUUUGCACUUGGACAGCAUUUGGGACUAUUAUAAUUUGAGAUAAAAUGCAAAUCCUUUUUUGAGAGUCAAUAUAGAUCAGUAGUAUAGUAACAUUCAUAAAUAUAUACAUUAGUAUUA